UCGGUUAUUGAAUUUGUAUUUUCACCUUUGAAAUACUAUAUAUAAUGUGCUUAUACACUAGAAGGUGCCAACCAAACUUGUCAUUUGUCUGCACUCUAAACUUUCAUAACAAUGAGAAAUCAUCACACACAUUCUUCUUCGUCUUUUUCCUUCAUCAUCUUCCUCUUCCUGUUCUUCAUCUCCUUCUCAUUCUCAACAUCAAAACUCGAACCCGCAAAACCUAAAAGAAAACAUUCAGUUUCAGCUAUUCUCGUGUUCGGAGAUUCAACCGUGGAUCCAGGAAAUAACAACUACAUCGACACAAUAUUCAAGUGUAAUUUUCCGCCCUAUGGACAAGAUUUCAAAAACAAAAUUCCCACCGGUAGAUUUUGCAACGGUCGACUCGUCACAGAUUUCAUUGCUUCAUACAUUGGUGUGAAGGAGAAUGUGCCACCAUAUUUGGACCCAAAUCUUGGAGUAAAUGAGCUAAUAAGUGGAGUUAGCUUUGCUUCAGCUGGUUCUGGAUAUGAUCCUCUCACUCCAACCAUUACUAACGUGAUAGACAUUCCGACUCAGCUUGAGUAUUUCAGAGAGUACAAGAGAAAAUUGGAGAUUAAAAUGGGAAAACAAAAAAUGGAAAAACACAUAGAAGAAGCUUUGUUUUGUGUAAGUGCAGGAACCAACGAUUUCGUCAUUAAUUAUUUCACAAUUCCCAUACGAAGGAAGACUUUCACUGUCGAAGCUUAUCAACAAUUCGUUAUUUCCAAUCUCAAGCAAUUUAUUCAGGGUUUAUGGAAAGAAGGAGCAAGAAAGAUAACAGUGGCUGGUAUACCACCGAUUGGGUGUUUGCCGAUUGUUAUAACAUUAUUCUCCGGGGAAGCAUUGACCAACCGUCGUUGCAUUGACCGUUUCUCCACCGUGGCCACAAACUACAAUUUCCUCUUACAAAAUAAAUUGGGCCUCAUGCAAAUGAGUUUGGCCCAUCUUGGGUCCAAAAUCUUUUACCUCGACGUCUAUAACCCAGUCUAUGAGGUCAUUCAUGACCCUAGAAAAUUUGGGUUUAAGGAAGUGUUCAGUGGAUGUUUUGGAAGUGGAUACCUAGAGGCAUCGUUUUUGUGUAACCCAAAGUCAUAUGUGUGUUCCAAUACAUCUGCUUAUGUCUUUUUUGAUUCUAUCCAUCCAAGUGAGAAGACUUACUUCAAUCUAUUUAGAUCUCUCCGACCAAUUUAUGAUUCUAUUCUCGGUUGUUUCUGAGAUUUUAAUUAUUUAACACUCCAUAUGAUUAUGAUCAAUAUUAGUUAAUUGAUAAGUUAAUUUCAAUAUACAGAUACACUUUUUUCUUCCAUUUUGAGUGCUGAAAUGUAAUGAUGGUCUAUAUAUGUGUUAAUAUUUCAGUUUGAAAUGCAAAAUAAUUAGUGUACU